AUGGAUGUAUGCACGCUGCGGAAGAAUGAUGUUGCUCGAGGUUUCUUUAAUGGAAUCAUUGAUAAAGACUUGGUGAGUUGGGCAUCCAUGAUUGAAGCAUAUGCGCAAGUUAAUUUGCCUCUUGAAGCCUUGGAGCUCUUUAAAAGUAUGAUGGUGCAAAGGAUUCGCCCUGAUUUGGUGGCACUUUUGAGUGUGAUUCGCACUUGUUCAAAUCUAGCAUCAUAUAAGAAAGCACGCUGGAUUCACGGAGUUGUUAUUCGUUCCUUUUUUGGGCACCAUGUCACGCUUGAAACUUCUCUAGUUGAUCUAUAUGUAAAAUGUGGAAGUUUGAAUGCCGGUAAGGCCAGAUGCUGGUGUUUGGGAGCACUUCUCGGGGCAUGUAGAAUUCAUUCAAACAUAGAACUGGCAAAAACUGCUGCAAAGAAUUUAUUUGAAUUGGAUGCGGAGAACCCAGGUCGAUAUGUCCUCAUGUCCAAUAUUUAUGCAUCUUCUGGUAAACAGAAGGAUGCUGAUAAAAUUAGAGAUUUAAUGAAACAAAGAGGAGUGAGGAAGGUUGCUGGUCAUACUAGUAUAGAGAUUAGAAACAAGGUCUACACAUUUGUGGCUGGAGACAAGUCACAUGCUCAAUCUGAUUUAAUCUAUUCAGAGUUGGAGAAAGUUAUAAACAGGAUUCGGCAAGAAGGUUACAAGCCGGAUUUGAACUUUGUAUUGCACGAUGUGGAGGAAGAGAUGAAGGAAACAAUGUUGUAUGUGCAUAGUGAGAAGCUUGCAAUAGUUUUUGGACUUUUAAAUUCAGGACCAGGAAGUGUUAUUAGAAUUAAUAAGAAUCUUAGAGUCUGUGGGGAUUGUCAUACAGCUUCCAAGUUUAUCUCUAAGGUUAUGGGAAGGGAAAUUGUAAUGAGAGAUGCUCAUAGAUUCCACCAUUUCAAUAAUGGUGCAUGCUCUUGUGGGAUUAUUGGUGACAUUGUCAUAGAAGGUCAAUAUCUGGUCCACAAACUCUCAUAA